AUGCCUGCAUCCUCCAAGCAGUUGGUAGUUCUGGCACCCAAGGAUCAACCACACCUACUGAAAAAGGUGUACUCUGAUUGUCGCCAUCGGAUUAACGACCGGGAAGCCAAAAGACAGAGAUCUCUGAUCAGGAUCAAUGCUCACCUAAUGGACUCACGGAUGAGAGUUCUGGGGAACAAAUCACACAUUCGGAAAGUUCGGGGCUUAGAAUCUACCGCCGAAUCAGACUAUGAGUAUGUCCCUUCCAAGACCAAAGAAUCUACCUACCAUUCGGCAACACCAACGAGGGCCAGCCCUUCAAGUCCACGGAGAACUUCCGAGGACUAUGGUUCCGAGGAGAUUCCAAGCCGGGAUCCCGCCAUCCAACUCCUCUUUCAGAGGGUUCAGAAGAUAGAAAAUGAUCGGAUCCGCUCCCAAAAGCCUGACUGGGGAAAACUUCGGCCAGGACCCUUCACCGAACGCAUCAAGAAAUCCAGGCAGGACAGGGAUGUGCAGCCACUUAGCAUAUCAUUCUACACUGGAGUAGAAGACCCCCUCACACAUCUCCACUCCUUCCAGUCGGCCGUAGGAUGCAAAGGUCUCAGCGACGAGGGGCAAUCCCUGCCGUUCCCAUCCUCCCUUACAGAAGCAGCGUUGAAUUGGUUCUACCGUCUGGAGCUAGGAACGGUAGAUUCCUUUGAUGAAUUGAAACAGAUUUUCCUCAAUCACUUUAUGAUCCAGAUUCGGCAGAGAGAAGACGAGCCCACGCUAGAAUAUGCUGCGCGUUUCAGUCAUGAGUACUCGAGGUGUCUCGAAACGAACAAUAGGGCAGCCUACGGCGCAUUCAAGAGUGGCCUUCGGUCCUCGUACUUUUGGUAA